CUGUGUGGAUGGCCAGUGCUCGCAUAAUCACAGCCGUGAUCGGGCAAGGAGUGCUGCCCCUGGUAUGGGCCAUGGCGCAGCUUGGGUGGCUGAUGGGGCCGGCGGCGCUGCUCUUGCUCGCCGUCAUCAUUAUCUGCGCCUCUGCCCUCUUGGCCAAUUGUUACCGCACCGGCGAUUCGAUCAUCGGCGAGCGCAACCUCACUUACGUGGACGCCAUCCAAAACAUUCUUGGUGGCGCGAACGUGAAGUUAUGUGAACUAGUUUACAGCCUCAACCUUUUCGGAGUUGUCAUUGGGUUCACCAUUGCAGCCUCCAUAAGCAUGACGGCAAUCAACAAAUCAAAUUGCUUCCACGACAAAGGUGACAAAAGUCAUUGUCAGUCAAUUAGCUACCCAUACACAAUUGCAUUUGGGGUCACCGAGAUAGUUUUGUCCCAAAUCCGGAACUUCGACAAGCGGCUGGGGAUCUCCAUCAUGGCCACUAUCAUGUCGCUCACUUACUCGACUAUUGGACUAGCCCUCGGCAUCGCAAAAGUUGCAGAAAAUGGAGAACUCAAAGGAAGUCUCACUGGGAUAAGCCUUGGGACUGUCACUCAGACCCAAAAGAUAUGGAGGAGCUUCCAGGCUCUUGGUAACAUAGUUUUUGCCUACUCGUUUGCAAUCUUGUUCAUCGAAAUUCAGGACACGAUUAAAUCCCCACCACCGGAGGCCAAGACGAUGAGGAAGGCCACGUUGAUCAGUGUGGCGGUCCUGGCUCUAUUCUACAUGCUCUGUGGCAGCAUGGGUUAUGGCGCGUUCGGGGACAUGGCACCUGGGCAUCUCCUCGCCGGUUUCGGGUUCUUCAGCCCUUAUUGGCUCAUCGACUUAUCAAAUGCCGCCAUCACGAUCCACCUCGUCAUUGCCUAUCAAGUCCACGCCCAACCCCUUUUCGCCUUCAUGGAGAAGCAGUUCAUCACCAGCGAGAUCGAGAUCGAGAUCCCGAUCCCGAUUCCUGGUUUCCGAUCAUCCUACACGCUAUGCGUCUUCCAGCUAAUUUGGCGAACCAUUUUCGUGAUCGCAACCACUGUGAUCUCGAUGCUGCUUCCGUUCUUCAAUGAAGUGAUCGGAUUGGUCGGUGCUCUAGGAUUCUGGCCUUUGACGGUUUAUUUCCCGGUUGAGAUGUACAUCGCCCAAAUGAAAAUCCAUAAAUGGAGCACGAAAUGGAUAGGCCUCCAAAUUCUCAGUAUAGCUUGCCUCAUCAUCAGCGUCGCCGCCACCAUGGGCUCCAUCGCCGGGAUCGUGCUCCGUCUCCAGUCCUACAAGCCUUUCGGGACUAGCUACUAAUUGGUCCCAACUUCGUCAACCUUCUCGUUGCUGAUGAGGAGUUGCAACAUCGCCAAUAUCCCACCAAUCGAUUUAUACGAAGAUUCGCGCCGUCACCAAUUCUGUUUCUUUUUUAUGUACAAAGGAAGAGAAUUACUUCGUUUGUUAAUCGGUAGUGGGAUAUCGAAUUUCGGUGGAUGCAACGGAAGGGUGAACUUCGUACUUUGCUUCUUGUGGCAAGAUAUGAAUCAAUUACUAUGACGUCACCAUCAAUUUUC